AUGUUUUCUUUUUUUCUUCUUUUCACCUUCUCUGAAGAAGCUAUUGAUCUCUCUCUCUCUUUUUUUCUUUUUAAUAAACUUUGCAAGCUCUUACGUGAGGGUAAAUACCCAAUGGCAAUAAUGUGCUUUGAACGAGCAAGGUACACAUACGGGGAGAGAUUAGCUAAGGCCUCCGCUUUCAAAGCAGAUGCAGAUCUCAAGCACGUUUCAAAUCCACAAGAGGCUUCUGACCUUCGAAGGCAGGCUGCUGAGAUCUAUGAAACAAUUGGAAUGGCCGACUCUGCAGCGGAGUGUUUCUACAUGUUGAAGGAAUAUGAGAGAGCAGGUAGAAUAUACAUGGAUAAAUGUGGAGAAUCUGCUUUGGAGAAAGCUGGAGAGUGUUUCUCUCUUGCUCAGUGCUACAGUCUUGCAGCGGAGGCAUAUGCAAGGGCAAAUAUCUUCUCAAAGUGCUUGUCCAUUUGUGCUGAAGAAAAACUCUUUACAAUGGGUCUGCAAUACAUUGAGGAUUGGAAAAGGCAGGGAACUGAGAAGAAAAGUAAAGAAAUAGAGAUAUUGGAACAGGACUUUUUAGAGAGUUGUGCCCUUCAUUUCUACAACCUCAGAGACUACGGGACCAUGAUGAAGUAUGUGAAGGCUUUUCAUUGCAUCGAUUCAAUGAGAAACUUGCUUAUGAGGUUUGGAUGGCUUGAUGAACUUAUAAGUCUGGAGGAAGACUUUGGUAACUUUUUGGAGGCGGCCAAGAUUGUGAGGAUGAAAGGUGACAUCCUUCGUGAGGUUGAUCUACUUGGGAAGAGUGGAAAAAACAGGGAAGCGUCGAUGAACAUCCUCUGGUACGUAUUAUUCUAUUCCCUUUGGGCUCCUGGAAGCAAAGGGUGGCCCUUGAAGCAGUUUGCACAGGAGGAGGAGCUGGUAGCAAAAGCCAAACUUCUCGCAAAGCCUGAGCCUAUUGCCUUCUAUGAAUAUGUUUCUGUAGAAUCAAGCAUUUUGCUAAAUAAACAGAACAGUUUGGCUCAAAUGAAAGAACAUUUGAGUGCUUCCAGUAGAAAUGGAAGUGUCAGAGGUGAAAUACUGUGCGCUCGAAAUAUUUUGGACUUCCAUCUUCGUCAAAAUAUCUCAAAUUUUUGUUGGGAAUAUGAUUGGCUUGUCGACCCAGUGAACCAUUCUGAACAACUGAUCUUGGGGAAUCAGAUUUCCGUUGACUCAUUGGUCUGCUUUUGGAAUCUUUGGAGAGAGAAAAUUGUCAGAAUUAUAGAGAGUGCAGGAUGCGUGAAGAUGCUGAUGAGAAAGGAAAAUACGUCAUGUUGGGAGUUCUGUUUGAAUUACUUUGGUGUUCUGGAGCAACGGAACAACAUGCAAAGAACUUAUCACCUUCUAAACCCAGAUGCUGAUUGGGUCAGAUACAUUGAUAAAAGAUCUCUUCAAAGAAAUGGACAAUUGGUUGCUUUGGGUCUUAGACAAUUGGUCUCUGCAGCUCAAAAGUACUGGUAUUCUGAGCUUACUUCUGUUGGUAUGGAGCUCCUGCACCAAUUGGAUGCACUUUAUCAAUUUUUGGUGAAGAGUUCUCGGUCAAACUUCUGGCAAAGCAGAUGUCUUGCUAUCUCACAUGAGGUUGCCAAGUUCCUUAGAGAAAUCGAUUGUCCGAAUCACUCGUUCCAGUAUGGUAAGGCACUGGACGGUUUCAUUGAAACAUCCAGUGAGAGGUAUUUUGGUUACAUAUUUCCACUUGACUGGAGAAUAUCGUCGUCAGAGAAUAUGGUAUCUCUGAGAGGAAGUGAGGCUUCUCGUAAUUUACUGAGAGAAACAAUGAACAUGAUAAUUUCGAAGGAGCAAUUUUCACAUGGGAAGAUGGGUGAGCUUGCGACUUUGGUUCUUGGGUCUGGAAUGCUUGACGAUGGUUUGUACGGAAAAAUUGCAAAAUCAUUUAAAGGAGAUACGUCAUGGGAGGCAUUCAUGGAAUGCAUUUGUCGGGAUGUACCAUCAGACCUUCCUCAGGCGAGCAAUGGACCCGUGGAAAUCUCUUUGGCUUGGAACCUUUAUCGAGCUUUGGCAGAUGCUUACAAUGCCAAUUGGAGGACUGAAAGAGACUACAUCACACCAAUUUGCCUUUUGUAUCUCUUGGAACGACUUGUGAUUUUGAUAGCUUGCUCCAAAGGGCAGUUUUAUACAACGAAAUCUUCUCUAGUUGAAUGGCUCAUCUGCCAUGAAGGUUUAGCAAAGCCUAGCUUCAGUUUCAACCUGGGAAAUUGCUUGGAGCCCAUCAUUCAGUUUGUUACAAGGACUGUUGCGGACCUUCUUAACAAUAAGGAUGAUACCAGACAAUGGAUCAAAAACUCGAACCUAAAUGUGAUGGAGUAUUACCCAUUGUUGGUCUUGAAGUUGGUUCUUUUGGUUUGUUUGCUUCACCUGAACUUUGGCGUCAGUCCAUAUUUUCUCUUCGAUUUGCUCAGUAAGAGUUGGAUUUCUGAGCAAAUACCUCAAGAGUUUCGUCGUAUUCUUUCACGUUGCCGGAGGCUGAACUUACAGAAAAUUUCUGUGGGUGUUCUUGCUGAAGCGUUCGAAAAAGUUGAUCCCCUUGUAAUUACCGAUUCUGCUUCAGAUUGCUCAAAAUGUCCACAUGCCAUCAUUUUAGAUGUGAAGUCGCACAAAUGCAAAGAAGAGAUUAUGGAAGUUCUAUUCCCCAAAGAUGGAAGUGCUGAGAGCUCUUGCAAGUUGCAAGAUCUGACCGAAGUUUCCAAGGAUUCCUCUUCAUCUUCCAACAGUGCAGUACUACUUGUGCAUUUGGAUGGUGCAAAUGCGUUGUCAUUGCCUGGACAAGAAGUGGGUUUAGCAAAUGAGGAAGAGAAGAGGAAGUUGUGGAAGCUGAAAAAACCAGUGAAGAAGGACGAGCAGGCUCCAUCAUCUUCUUUUUCCCAGACUGGUGGUGUAGAAAACCGGAACAAGAACGAGGGCAAUUGCAAGUCCAAAGGGAAGCAAAAUAAGAAAGGAAGAGGCAAGAAGAAAUGAAUCCUCACUUCAUUGUCCCAGAUACAGUUUGAGUGAAAAUUGUAUGUAGUUAUAAUCUACAUGUAGUCCACAUUCUUGUCAAUACAUGUGGAACUUUUUAGUAGAAAAGUUCUUAGAAUGAAGAAAAACAGAUCUCUCGACAGGAAGCUCAUUACUCUACACAUGUCCUGAUGUUUUAGCAGACAAUAGUCAUGAAGAUCUACUAUUCCUUUCUUGGCUGCA